AUGGCAGAGAUUCGUCCCGAACGGACGGUGAUUGGGGGAUCUCUCGAGAUCUCUCGCAUGGUGAAUGGUCUUUGGCAACUUGCCGGUGGCCAUGACCGGGACAUCAGUAUUGCUAAGGCUGCCCAGGUGAUGGACGACACAUGUUUGUGCGGGCUAGAUACGUUUGAUAUGGCCGAUCACUACGGAGAUGCUGAACUGGUGGUUGGACACCAUAAUGCCACGUCAACGACGAGAAAGGUGGCCUUUACGAAAUGGUGCCCCCAGGAGAACGGCAUCAAGACCUUUGCAAAUGCCGAGGCUGCCGUCGACCUCGCAUCGCGACGGAUGGGUGUGAAGAAGAUAGAUCUGCUGCAAUAUCAUGCCUGGGAUUUCACCGACGACACAUAUCUCCACAAUCUCGACCAUCUACGCACCAUGCAGAGGCAGGGUAAGAUCGGACUCAUCGGGCUGACAAACACCAACACCGCACAUCUGGAAUUGCUUCUGGACUCGGGAUUCCCCAUCGCCACGAAUCAAGUGCCGACCAACGUGAUUGAUCGACGCUUAACCCGCGGCAGAAUGAACGAGGUCUGCAUCAAGCACGACGUCGGCAUCCUGGCGUACGGAACUUUGCUCGGCGGCUUCCUCACCGACAAAUGGCUGGGACAGCCUGAACCCGCCGACAUCAACGAGCUGAACUGGAGUCUACGAAAAUACAUCCGAUUCAUCUGGGCCGCUGGUGGGUGGGCACCGUUCCAAGUGGUUCUCCAGGCCCUCGCCGUUGUUGCACGCAGACAUGACGUGUCAAUCGCUGCAGUCGCAACUCGAUUCGUGCUCGAUAUCCCUUCUGUCAAAGCAGUCAUUGUCGGCACGCGGCUGUCUGCCGACUCGGAGGCCUACAUUGCCAAGAACUUGCAGGCAUUCUCCUUCAAGCUGACGGAAGACGACAUAAUCCUCAUCCACCAAGCCCAAGAAGGCCUGACAGAUGUUCCUGGCGACUGCGGCGACGAAUACCGACGACCACCAUACUUGACUGCUGCCGGUGACAUGAGCGACCAUUUGCUGGAGACCGACCGGAUGACGCUGGUGCGUGAAGCCGUUGCAGCGGGAAAGCGGGUGGAAUACUCGACCGGUAGCAAGUGGGAGCCAAUUGCUGGCUACUGCCGUGCCGUGCGUACGGGCAAUACCAUCCGAGUUUCCGGCACAACCUCAAACUCACCCAUUCCUAGCCUCGCCGUCAUCGGCGGCUCCAGCGCACAGAGCCAGACGGUGCACAUUUUGGACACUAUUGAGGGCGCACUGAAGGCGCUGGGCUCGUCACUGUCCGAUGUCGUGCGCACCCGCAUCAUGGUCCGCGACGCGGAUUUUUGCGAGGAGGUGAGCCGCGCGCACGGUUGGCUGUUUGCACAUGCUGGUGUAAGGCCGUCAAACACGUUUGUCACGGCUGGAUUGAUUGGAGAGCACAUGCUGGUCGAGAUCGAGGCAGAGGCCGAGGUUGGCUGCUCAUCUGAAGGUGUUGUCACGGUGAUGAAGUCUUAA